AUGUAUGCCAUUGGGAAUGAACUCUCUAUGCACGCCGUCAAGAAUUUUAUGUCGAUUACCUGGAAUUUCGUGACAUUGCCGGACUUAUACUAUAACGAAGAGGGCUAUUUCCUAGACAGAUUUAAAACUCGUUUGGAUAGAGAUGCUGUCCUCAUGAGAGGGCCGUAUACCAUAUUCAAAAAACCUAUUUUACUCCAUGAGUGGACUCCCAAAUUCACUUUGCAGGAUGAUGUGCUGAGGGUGCUCCCAAUCUGGGUGAUUUUCCCACAAUUACCACUGUAUUGUUGGGGAGAACGUAGCAUUGGAAAGAUUGCAAGUGCAAUUGGAAAACCCCUCCUCACGGAUGAAUGUACAUCUAAGAAGCUGCGAGUCUCGUAUGCAAGAGUGCUCAUCGAAGUAGAUGUUACCAAACAGUUACGCACACAAAUCACCAUUAGAGAUCCUCAAGGAGAGAAGAUGGUACAACCGGUGGAUUAUGAGUGGCGACCACCCUAUUGUACUAGCUGCAAUAAGGUUGGGCAUGAAGGUAAGAAAAAGGAGAAUCCACCAAAGAAGAAGAAAGAAAGUAAACAAACCUGGGAACAAAAAUAG